AUGUCUGAAAGCAAAGGGGAUAGUCAGCCUCUUGUCACCACGGACUCCUCAGAUAUCAUCAAAGUGACUGUAAAAACCCUCAAACAGAAGGAGCAGUUUGAGGUUGCUCAGAGCAGCACCAUCCAGGAGUUUAAGGAAGACAUUGGCCAGCGUUUUAAAACUCCCCCUGAUCUCCUGGUGCUGAUAUUUGCUGGAAAAGUCCUCAAAGAUCAAGAUACUCUGAGCCAGUAUGGAGUCCACAAUGGGGUCAGCAUCCACCUUGUCAUCAGGUCCCAAAAGAGACCACAGGAGGGCCUGCCAGAUCAAGGAGCUGCAACCACCCUGAUGCAGCCUCCCAGCCGCAGUAAUUCCAAUUUGAUCCUCAGUUCAGGGCUGGAUAUGAACACCAUCAACAACAACACGUUUUUGCAGGGGUUCCUCCUUGGGGUGACAGGUGUAAAUAUCCUAGGCCUGGACUCAAUAGAUGUGUCGGACUUGGUGAGCAGCAUUGAAGGACAAGAUGUGUUUGUGCACGGCUUGAUAAGCGAGGUGGCGCAGAGCACCUUUGUGCAGAACACCCUUGCCAAUGCCAGCCUUGUCAGGGACAUCAUCAUGUCCAACCCUCAGGUGCAGCAGCUGGCUGAGCAAAAUCCCGAGAUUGGUCACAUUCUCACCAACCCACACACGAUAAGGGAAAUAUUAGAGGCCCACAGCAGCCCUGCUGUAAUGCAAGAGAUGGUAAGGAACCACGAUCUGGCCAUGAACAACCUCGAAAGCAUCCCUGGUGGGUACAGUGCUCUGGAGCAGCUCUACAGGGAAGUUGAGGAGCCCAUCCUGGAUGCUGUGCAGGCACAGAUAGGCAACAACUUGUUUGCUCCACCAGACAGUAACCUGUCCCUGAACGGGGCCCAGCUACCAGCCCGGACUGAAAACCGGAGGCCAUUGCCCAACCCAUGGGCUCCGCGGUCCGACAGAGCCAGUGUAUGUGACUGCGAUGGACAACUGGCAAACGGCACAGACGAGAGUCUUAUUGUGCUGAGUUUGGGUCCUGCAGCAGGUGUGGUGGUCUCCAACUCAGGGAGGGCCGAGAGCAUGGUGCAGCAGCUAACAGGAAACGCAGAACUCAUGCAAAACCUGGAGGAUGCGUUAACAAACCCCAGCGGUCCAGCACAAAUGCUGCUGAAUAGCGAUCAUACAUCAAGAGAUGAAAACUCUCUACCUCAAGAUCAAAGUGCACAGCAGCUACCGCCAGAGAUGGAGAACGCUGAGAUUUCGUCCUUGCUGAGAAACCCCAGGGCGCUGCAGGCAUUGCUGCAGGUCCAGCUGGGAUUACAGAUCCUCAUCACAGAGGCACCGGAUUUCGUAUUGGGUUUGGGGGACUCACAUGUGGAGCUGGAUCUGGAAAGCAUGGACGAGUCGACACAAAGCAAUGAGUCUGAGGAUGAUCUAAGUUUGGUGUCAGAACAGGGUGAAGAAGAAGACCAGAUAGAGAUGGACGAGCAAGCACCACAGAUCAGAUAUGAGAGACAAAUGCAGCAGCUCCAUGCCAUGGGCUUCCAGGACCAACGUGCAAACUUGCAGGCUCUGAUUGAUGCAGAAGGUGAGAUCAAUGCAGCAGCUGAGAUACUGGCAAAAGCACCAUCAUCAAACAAGACACCGUAA